CGCGAGUAGCCGUAUGGUACGAGUGCUGUGUGUGUGUGUGAGAGACAGGCAGUGUGUUGUGUUUGCUGCUGAGUCAGUUUAGCCGCUGUUUUACUGUGAGGUGAUGCUCCUUAUGACCUCAACCAAGCAGGACAUCUUAGUUUUUCUUUGAGCUUUUUUUGAAUGCAGAUAGCGGGAUGUUCGCGGACACAUGAGCUCUCCAUUGUCCCUCGCUGUGACUGUGUGAGCGGCUGGUGGAGGAGGAGGACUAACUGACAGAUGAGCGGGGUUUUUGUUGUGUGGCAUGUGAUACACAGCCGAGGCUGAGGCGUGUUCGUGUUUCACGGGUGUUCGUGGCAGAAGAGGACAGCAAAGAAGAGGCUUUUUCUUUUCAUUUUUCCCCCGUCUGUUCCAGCAAAGAGGACGUGACAGGAGCUCCUGCUGCUACUGGCUCUGUGUGUGCGCGGCUCCUGCUAGCUGUUGAAUGACUACCACCUCCUGAAGGAGACAAACAAUGAGUCUGUAACUGACAAGUUUUAUGUGGAGGCUCGUGUCUGUUUUUGAAGACGUACAAACUUCAAGUGAACGCGUUUUAAAGCGAGUGAAGUGACGACUGACGUUGGUUGAACACACCGGGAGGAUCCAUUCAGGCGCGGCCAGGCUACCCAACAAUGCGGAUUACCUCCUGACUGACUGUUUGCCUUUGUGUCACUACAGAGUGUUUGUAUCCAGUUUGACUUAACACUCACUGCACAUUAGCCGUUUUAUUUUAUUGUCGCGGGGAGAAGACAGUACGUUGUUGGCCUGAAGGACGAGUCCCACAUGUGCUCAGUCUGACUGUGAAGACAGGGCGAUAGAGACAACGAUGGCGAACGACUCUGUACAAAGUGACCCAGGUGAGCUGUCGGUUCUCGAGCAGCUCGGUCUGGACCAGAAUUCGGAUUUCUCUGACUCCAGUGUGCAGCAGCUUCUGGAUGAGCAGCGCGAAAGGAUUCGCAGAGAGAUACGCAAGGAGCUGAAGAUCAAGGAAGGAGCUGAGAACCUGCGCAGAGCUACAACUGACAAGAGGAACGCUCAACAGGUGGACAGUCAGCUACGGUCUUCGAACCGCAAGCUGGACAACCUACAUGCACAGCUGCAGGAACUGGAUGCUCACAUUGUGGUAAAGGGAGGAGAGGACAAUAAAGAUGAGUGUCCUCAGUCUCCUGGGGCAGAGAGUCGAACGUCAGCCCACAAGGCACGCAUCGCUGCCCUGGAGAGACAGCUCAACAUUGAGCUUAAAGUCAAACAGGGAGUUGAGAACAUGAUCCCCAUCUAUGCCAAUGGAUGUACCAAGGAUAAGAAGAUGUUACAGACGGCCCAGCAGAUGCUGCAGGACAGUAAAACCAAGAUUGACAUAAUUCGCAUGCAAAUCCGUAAGGCUGUGCAGGCCACCGAGCACAAUGGUGACCCACAGAGUAACCAGGACAUGUGCGGGGUGGAGCUGCGUAUUGAAGAGCUGAGGCAUCACUACAGGGUGGAACAUGCUGUCGCUGAAGGGGCCAAAAAUGUGCUCAGGCUUCUGGGGGCCAGCAAAGUUCAAGACAAGAAAGCCCUGUCUGAGGCACAGUCCCGUCUUAGUGAGGCGUCUCAGCGGUUGGACCUGUUGAGAGACUCUCUGGACCAGCGUCUAGCGGAGCUGCCAGAAGACCACCCCAAGGCCAGCGUCAUCAAAGAGGAACUGGUCCUGGCCUCAUCCCCUGCCUUCAGCACCCGCCACGGUGCCCCCUACCUCCACAACCAGUACAACACCCUCAGCAAACCCUCACCCCUCACUGGAACCCUGCAGGUGCAGCUGCUGGGCUCUUUGGGGCUACUGGAGGUGGUGCCAGGUCGCAAUAAAGGGACUGCCGUCAUGCUGCCCUGCUACAGCCCCGGAGACCCAAGGUCUUUCAUGAGGGGAAGCAAGGGACUCUAUGGACGGAGUGGUUCAGUGAGUGGGAAGACACCCAGCAAGAUGGAUGAACUCUCAUCCGAGGUGAGUGCCGUGCUGAAGCUGGAUAAUGCAGUGGUGGGCCAAACGGCUUGGAAGACCGUGGGAGAACAGGCCUGGGAUCAGACCUUUACCGUGGAGCUGGAAAGGUCAAGGGAGAUGGAGAUCGCAGUUUACUGGAAAGAUUACCGCUCAUUGUGUGCUUUGAAGUACCUGAAACUGGAGGAGUUUUUGGACAACCAGAAACACAGGGUUCAGCUGGAGCUGGAGCCUCAGGGCCUGCUGCUGGCUGAGGUGACCUUUUUCAACCCAGUGAUUGAGAGAGUUCCUCGCCUCCAGAGGCAGAAGAAAGUAUUUUCAAAGCAGCAAGGUAAAGCGUUCCUUCGAGCUCGUCAAAUGAAUGUGGACAUCGGGACGUGGGUGAGGCUGCUCCGAAACGCCAUCCCCACUGUCAACAACUCAGGAACCUACAGUCCCAAUGCGCACAGCCUAACACUAAACUCCGGGGAGAUCUCAGUGGAGAAGUUGAGUCUGGACAGCGACUCCCCAAUAAAAGGCGAUUACAAAAGAGACAUGGACAUACACACUCCGGUGAGACGGACAGAGACAGAGGACACCCGGGAAAUGGGGGAGGACCGUCCACCAGUCAUUGAGCCUUUCUCCCCCCCAGACCUCACCACAGAGUGCCCUGUCCAAACCCCAUCUGUUAGCAGUAAACAGAGAAAAGGUCCUCUGUCCCUCCAGGACUUCAGACUGAUUGCUGUGUUGGGCAGGGGACACUUUGGAAAGGUCUUAUUGUCAGAGUACAAGACAACAGGCACGACGUACGCCAUUAAAGCCCUGAAGAAAGGCGAUAUCAUCUCCCGGGAUGAGGUGGAAAGUCUGAUGUGUGAGAAGCGCAUCUUUGAGACCGUGAACUUGUCGCACCAUCCUUUCCUGGUCAACCUGUUCGCAUGUUUCCAGACACCAGAGCACGUGUGUUUUGUCAUGGAGUACACGGCAGGAGGCGACCUGAUGAUGCACAUCCACACGGACGUCUUCACAGAGCCCCGGGCCGUGUUUUAUGCAGCCUGUGUGGUCCUUGGGCUUCAGUUCCUUCAUGACCAUAAGAUUGUGUACAGAGACCUCAAACUCGACAACCUGCUGCUAGACACAGAUGGCUAUGUGAAGAUUGCUGAUUUUGGACUGUGUAAAGAAGGAAUGGGUUUUGGGGACCGAACCAGCACAUUCUGCGGGACGCCAGAGUUUUUAGCCCCAGAAGUCCUAACAGAUACCUCUUACACUAGAGCAGUGGACUGGUGGGGACUCGGGGUCCUCAUCUAUGAAAUGUUGGUGGGGGAGUCUCCUUUCCCAGGAGACGAUGAGGAGGAGGUGUUUGACAGCAUUGUGAAUGAUGAAGUCCGUUACCCACGAUUCCUCUCCACUGAGGCUAUUGGCAUCAUGAGAAGGCUACUUAGAAGGAACCCAGAGAGAAGACUGGGCUCUGGUGAGAAAGAUGCAGAGGAGGUGAAGAAGCAGCCGUUUUUCAGAAAUGUAGACUGGGAGGCUUUGCUGCAAAGAAAAGUCCCUCCUCCCUUCAUUCCCUCAAUUGGAGGCAAAGAGGAUGUCAGUAAUUUUGACGAGGAGUUCACCGCCGAACCUCCGACCCUUACGCCUCCACGUGAGCCCCGUGUUCUCUCCCGCAACGACCAGGACAGCUUUCGGGAAUUCGACUAUGUCUCUGACCUCUGCUAGUGGACUGUUGGCUUGCAGAUCCUCAACUGUGAGGACACCGUGACAGUAACUGUUGGAGCAGGCCGACAGUAUCCACUGACUGUUCUUAUCUGCCAUUUAUUACACUGUGAAUGAAUGUGGUGAGACUGGGAGACAUUGGUCUGUGUCUUGUGUGUGAAGGGUUUUAAAGAUUUAAGAAACUGAGGAAAUAAAAGUUGGGACAGAUGACGGGGUUCAACGUUGUACCACAAAUGAAGGAUGAACACAAACCCUCAUCUCUCCGAUCAGUGUACAACACACCAGUGACUUGUGUAUCUUGAAAACGUUAGGCUAAACAAUGGCUCCUCAAAUACUCUUUUGUGUCAGUGUAGUCACCUGUGCAACAGCAAGAGGACGAGCUCGUUGUACUUACUGACUGUUUGAAGGCCAAUCACUGUGGCCUCGUAUACCAAUGCCUUACAUUUUUACUUGUUGUGUUUUAUCCAGAGAAAAGUGGCGUAUUUUUGUGUGUUUAGAAGAGAUAUAACAACGUGCUGUAGAAAUACUGUACUGAAACAUCUUUUUUUUAAAGAGAAAAAGAUCUGUAAGUGAAAGCGUUUUUACUGUUGAGCUAUUCCCAGCAGUUGGAUGAUGACGAUGAUGGCUUUCAGUCAUGUCAUGAAUCUAGACGUAUUAUAAGUUAAUUAAGGGGUAAACAACCACUGUCUUAUAGUGGACCUUUCAUGGGGUGUCUACAAACCACUUUUUAUAAUGUGUGCUGCUUGGUUUUUAUCAUCCGUGACACAAUCCUACAUUUUUCACGAGUCAUAGUUAAUGACUAUCAAUGCAUGUAGUUAAUGUGUAUGUGUUUUGUUUUGGGUUUUUUUAUCCGUGGAUAUUAUUCCUGAUUUGAUAAACAUGUGUAGCACACACACACACAACCAUCAGCAUCAAAGCUAUGUGGCGAGCGCAUUAUCUAAUAGUUUUUAAGAUGAAAGAAACAAACUGAACACUAACACUUGAGAAACAAAGAUGAGACACUUCUUCUGUUAUCUAUAUGUUACCAGAGUUUUGUGAACAUGAAGUAAUUACAGCAGACUUCAAAGCUCA